CAAAAACUGACGACAAUCUCAUCACUUGAUUGAGGCCAAAUCAGAAAAAAAGAAGACAAAAUAUGUACCAUGCCCAAAGGAAAGGGAGCCAAAGGGACAAAGGUGACCCUCAAGAUUGCCAAAAAGGCAAUACGUAUGACACCAGAUGGACGGCGCAGACUCACCCUUAGCAACAUGGGUAUAACCAUCUUCCCAAAGUGUCUCCUCAAACUGACCAACGUGGAUGAGUUGGACCUCAGCCGCAACCUGAUACAGAAACUCCCAGAUAACAUCGGGAACUUCUCAUCACUGAGAUGGCUAGAUCUACACAGCAACAAGCUGGAGUCUGUUCCAGAGUCCAUCAGCAACCUGGUGGGAUUGACCCACCUCAACCUCUCCAACAACCGCCUAACCUCUGCAGGUUUACCCUCCACACUGGGUUUCCUCACCAGUCUGAAGAGUCUCAAUCUGGGGAUGAACCAGCUGGACACUCUGCCUACCACUAUGGCAGCUCUAGGCAAUCUCCAAGAGUUAGGCCUAUUUGAUAACCUCUUCAUCAACCUACCAGAGUUUCUGAGCGCCCUACGAAACCUCACUAAGGUGAACAUGAAACGAAAUCCUCUAUCGGGGAAAGGCUUACGAGAGGAGGAGGAGGAGGAGGAGGAGGAGGAGGAGGAGGAGGAGGAGGAGGAGGAGGAGGAGGAGGAGGAGAAAGGAGAGGAGGAGGACAUGUUUGAGGAGAAAAGGAUAAGAACUUAUGCAGGACUGAUAGCGCCAAACUCAGUCGCUACAGUCAAUCAGGAUGCGUGGAGAAUAAGGAAGGUGGAACACAAGACAAUCAAAUGACCAAAGAGCUGCUGGCAUCCUCUUAAACUACAGAACAAAUGGAACCAAUGUCAUUUUUAAGCAGGCACACAAAUUUUAAUUAUAUGUGCAUAAUAUCUAUCUAUAUGUCACACAACUAUUUUUAUUGAUGUAUUUUA